AUGGCUCCCAAGCCAGAAGCGACACCGUCUCGUCAGUUAUGGCGCAGUCCUGCGCUCAGCAACAUUGUCGUCGCUGCUCUGCAUUCUAAAAGCCUUUUGAACACAACAGAGCCUGAAAGUGAACCGGUUAUUGAUGUCUCGUAUGUUCCACCAAAUGUCCCACCACCACCACCAACACCUCCUCCUCCUCCGUCAGCAACAGAAGGAAUUCACGCAGCGCCACCAAGCCGAGAAAUCAGCAAACCCAGGGACGAAGCCGCAAAACCCAAACUUAUUCGCCAGAGGGCGCUGCUGGAAGAGCACCCAGAAGAGACUCAAUCAGCAUCACAAGUGUCACCAACAGUUAGAGCUUUAUCUUCUAGAUUUGAAGCCUUGAGCAAGAGCAUUGAACCUUCUCAAAGAAGUUGUUCCAUGAGGGAUUUAUCUGAAAAGCAACACCCACAACAAGUUCCAGCAGCAGCAGCAGAAGGAACCAAGUUGUCUUUUGCUGACUUAUUGGCAGUGUGGAAUGCAAAGGACUCUGUGUCUAGAGUUGGCAACAGCAGUGAUGAUGAAUUAUUGGCACCCAAACCUGGAGGCCACUCUGGCGGAAAGUUUCCUGAAAGGUUGAUGAUGAAGGGUCCUGGUAUAAAACCUGGGGAUGGUCCUGCUGUGGACCCAGUGCACAAUUCCAUACUUGUUCAGCAAACAACUGCAGUUUUAUCUCCCAACAAUAUUGAUUGGGACAGGAUGAUGGCUGCUAAGCAAGUCAAUAAUUUGCCAAGUUCUUUGGCAACUCUGGCCAUGUUACUGUUGGUGUCCUCUACAACCAUCUACAGCAGUAUGUUGCCCAACAAGCAUGAAAAUGGAGCCAUCAGCAGCAAGCAAAUGUCUUCAAUUGUAGGGGAUGCGUUAGCGCCAUCUGGUGGAAGGGUGUCCAGUCUUGAAGCCUUCUGUGCUGCUGUGCAAGCAGUCAAAGAGCUGUCUGCUGGUGUUGCUUACCAGGAUGAUCCCAUCUGGGCUUUCAACAGAGCUAAAGCAAGGGGAGAUGAACUCAAUGGCGAUCAAGUUUUUGCGGAAGAAAUCAGCAGCAGAGGCAAACGUCCCAGGUUCUUCAAACGCGCUUUGCCGGACAACUGAAUUAUAGCAACUCUCGCCAAAUCAGUGCUGGCUUCGACACUCUGCCAAAUUACCAAAACAGGGUCAGAACCGGAUUACCCCUCAAACCCCAAUUCAUUUCUCAUCCUCGUGACCCAAGAAAACAAAAGCAAAAGAAAAAAAAAUGGCGAAACAGAAGAAAUCUGCUCCCUGUUGAAACCGAAACUCGGCUCGAAGUGUUUCCUUGCAAAACAGAAACCUCUUUGAAAUAUUUGCAACUGCGAAAAAGAGGACGUAAAUUCUUUCCGCAAUAAUGUCAAACUCUUCUUAGACCGUGUUUUUUGUGCUUUUGCUCGGGUUUAAUGCCUCUGAAUAUGUCGCUGAAAAUGAAGCACAUGUUGCAAUAAAUACCACGACGAAUUUCUGGGAAAUUGCGGAAGUCCGAAAA